UCCAAGACUGUUUUUGAGACAGGAUCUCCCUGGCUGGCCUAAAACUUGCUAUGUAGACCAAGCUGUUGAAGUCAGAAAUCACCUUGACCUCAGUCUUCUGGGAUUGAAGAACUACAUCACCAUACCCAAAUCAAAAUAGAUUUUCAAAAUAAUCUCUUUGUAAAUUUUCAAGUGUUUAGAUGCUUAAUGAAGAUUCUUUGAAGUCUGCUUUUGGAAUCAAGAGCAUGGAUCCCAGCAGUGACUACCAUUUCCUCAACCACAUUUUGUGGAGAAGAGUGAAACUCACAUUGGUUUCUGGCAUCUUUGAGGGCGUGCUCCAACAUGUGGAUCCUAACAAGAUCGUUGUCCUGAAAAACGUGAAGAAUGUAGAGACAGGCCGCAGUGUUCCAGGAGUAAAAAUGUUUUUUGGGCAUGAGAUUUUGAAUGUGGAGUUAAUGGAUGAAGAGCAAGGUGCAUCGGGAGAAAGGGCGUCUUCUGUUAGCUUAAGUACAGAACGAGCUGGGAUGGAGAAAAUGAAAGACGAAGACCUAACUGUAUGUGAGUCUGCUUCACCUGCUAUAGAGGCACCAAGCAGCUCUCUACUCAGUGACCUCAAGUACUGCCCAUCAGAGGAAGAGGAGGUGACAUACACAGUCAUUGAUCAGUUCCAGCAGAAGUUUGGUGCUGCAAUGCUCCACAUCAAGAAGCAGAGUGUCCUGAGUGUGGCUGCAGAAGGAACUAAUGUGUGUCGCCAUGGGAAACUCUGUUGGCUUCAGGUGGCCACAAACAGCCGAGUUUACUUGUUUGAUAUUUUCCUUCUGGGAAGUCGUGCUUUCAACAAUGGACUCCAGAUGAUCUUCGAAGACAAGAGAAUCUUAAAGGUCAUCCAUGAUUGUCGAUGGCUUUCUGAUUGCCUGUCUCAUCAGUAUGGAAUUAUGCUGAACAAUGUCUUUGACACGCAGGUAGCAGAUGUCCUUCAGUUUUCCAUGGAAACAGGUGGUUUCCUUCCUAACUGUAUCAGUACCUUGCAGGAGAGUUUAAUCAGACACCUUAAAGUUGCACCUAAAUAUCUCUCCUUUUUAGAAGAGAGACAAAAACUUAUUCAGGAAAAUCCAGAAGUAUGGCUGACAAGACCUCUUCCACCCCCUUUAUUGAAAAUCUUGGCCUUGGAAACAACCUAUUUGCUUCCACUCCGCUUGGUACUUUUAGAUGAGAUGAUGUCAGACUUAACCACACUGGUGGACGGGUACCUAAACACCUAUCGAGAAGGUUCUGCAGACCGGCUUGCAGGUACAGAGCCUGAGUGUAUGGAGCUGCCAGAGGAGCUGCUUCAGCUCCAGGACUUCCAGAAGCAGCGGCGAGAGAGAGCUGCCAAGGAGUACAGAGUGAAUGCGCAGGGCCUCCUCAUAAGGCCAGUGCUGCACCCAAAGAAGCCAGGGACCCGCACAGCAGUGAAAGAGGACCGAGUCCACGGCGUUUUAUUUUGUAAAAAUUCUGGCGUGGACAAAGCUCCACGCCCUCUAGGUCACGAAUCUUAUAAAGAUGAGAGUUUUUUGGAUAAAGUGUCUAAGCAAACCACAGAUGAGUCUCAUAUUCUGCCACCCAUGAAGGAAGAAGGCAAAGCCAGCGAGGAUUCUGAAAACAAACCAGAGUGUUGGGAGUCAACAGGGCCAGAAGACCCGAGAACCCAGAAAGCUUGCUCCCUGACUCCCAAGCAUGAGCUGCAGUCACAGUUUUCUUUGAAAGAGGAGAUAGAGCAGUUGCUGAUGGUAGAAGACAAGGGCGCUGUACGGAGCCCAAGUCAAGACACUUGGGUGUCUCCUCUCUCUCCAAGUAACACCUUCCAUCUUCCGGAAAAAACCAUCGUUUCCCCCCUUCCACCCUGCCCAGCCCUGGAGAAGACAGAGUCGUGGAUAAGUCCCUCUCCCAAUCUGUUUUAGAUUUUAGGUUUGCUGAGUCCAUGAAGGGGACUCAUCUGCCCUGCCAUCAGAGUCCAUGUGAGUUCCUCCUGGGGUAGGGUGGUUAGGUAUCAGCCACUGGCUUCUGGGAAAAUGAUAGCCUUUGUUUUG